UUCCGGUCGGGUCAACAAAUCACAAAUCGUGCUAUCUGUGUCACUUUUCUACCGGUUAAUUUUAGUAAUAUAGGUUAUAUUCCCGUUACAUAAAUUUCCAAGUUAUGGCAAGUGGUUCUACAAGAAGGAUUUUGGUGGAAACCAAGAAUCUGUCCAGAGACCCUCCACCGGGCAUCAGCGCAACGCCAGAUGACAACAAUUGCAGGUACUUCCAUGUGGUUAUGGCCGGUCCAAGCGGGUCACCGUAUGAAGGGGGCUUAUUUAAAUUGGAACUGUUCCUCCCGGAGAACUAUCCUCUGUCGCCUCCUAAUGUAAGAUUUUUAACGAAAAUCUACCACCCCAACAUAGACAAAUUAGGCAGAAUAUGCCUGGAUAUUCUCAAGGACCAAUGGUCGCCCGCAUUGCAAGUUAGAACAGUAUUACUUUCCAUCCAAGCUCUCUUAAGUAGCCCGAAUCCGGAUGACCCGCUGGCCAACGAUGUUGCGAAUAUGUGGAAGAGUAGGGAGCAAGACGCUGUUCUUAAAGCUAAGGAAUGGACGAGGUUGUAUGCGAUGGAAUAAGUCGUUUUUAAUUCAAAAUCUUGUAGUAGCUGGUGUCAGAAUGACUGACUGUGAUAAUAAUGUGUUAAUACAGAAUAAUAUAUUAAACGUUUCACUUAGUUGUGUCACAUAUUGGGCCAUGUCUACUACAGAUAUAUUGCGUUCAAUAUGCCGGCAAUUUUUUUUUACUCAGGAACUAAAAAUUGAACAAUAUCUCAACUGUAAUUGGUUUGUUUAAAAUACUUUCUUGAAGUACACCAAACUAGUGACUUCUUUUUCUUAAAUUUUUUAGUUGACAUUUUUUACAUUGAUAAUGCAAAUAUCUGUUAGUUAUUAGUUAGUGCUGUUGACCAUUAUUCCAUGUUAAAAAAAUGAGGCAACGUUCUAAAAUGUGUGUUAGUGUUUUUGGUAAUUAUAUUUUUACUAGUUAA